AUUCCUUAUUAAUUACUUAGAGAAUAUAUCUGAAUUUAUUAUGGAUUUCGAACAGUACGAGGAUUUCGAACCUUCAUCGUCCUCUCCGAAGAAGCAACGGUCGGGGCGGACGCGCCACCCGCACUACCGGAGCGUGCGGCGGCGGAGCAACGGCAAGUGGGUGUGCGAGGUGCGUGAGCCUCACGCAAGGUCGCGGAUAUGGCUGGGGACCUUCCCCACGCCGGAGAUGGCCGCCGUCGCACACGACGUCGCAAUCCUGACGCUCCACGGCGACGGCGCGUCGCACCUUAAUUUCCCCGAAUUGGCCCACUUCCUCCCACGCGCCGCGUCCUGCUCGACCACCGACAUCCAGCGCGCCGCCCAGCAGGCGGCGCGUGAUUUCACUCCCCCGGCGGCAGAGGCUAGCAAUUUGUUUGAGACAAUGGAAGGUAAUAUUAAUGUUGAAUCCCGGUCCGGGUCCGGGUCUGGGUCCGGCGGUGGGUAUUUGGAUGAGGAGGCGGUGUUCAACUUGCCGGCGCUGAUUGACGGCAUGGCGGAGGGAAUGCUUCUGACGCCGCCGGCGUUGAAAAACGGCUUCAACUGGAAUGAUUGUAAUGCAGACCACGACGCUCAUGACGUCAAUCUUUGGAAUUUCUAGCUUAAUUAAUUAAUUCGCUAUUUUCAAAAUAAUAAUAAUAAUACUAAUAAAGUGGGUGUA